UGUGCGGAUGAGAGGCAAGAAUCGGCAGCAACGGCAGCAUCAGCAGCAGCUCUUUUUUUUGCGGUGUGCUGCCUGGGACCAGCUACCUCGCACGGCGCUCCCUCCCAGGGGCUUAGCGCCGCCACCACCCCCGCACUGGCACCUGCAGGAACUGGUGCAGGCACUGGCCCAAGGACUGGCACGAGGACACUGAGGCAUACGGGCACAGCGGCACCAUGGCGCAAGCCGCCAAGCAACUCCGCAAAAACAAGGACCUAGCCGAGGCUGCGGCCCAGGAGCUGAGGGAGAAAGAGGAGGAGAAGAUCAAGAAGAGGAACCGCUCGAAGGACCGCAGGCGCAAGACGGAUACAUCGACCAGUUUUCUGCGUGCAGCGCGCUCAGGUAAUCUGGACAAGGCUCUGGAUCACAUCAAAAAUGGGAUAAACAUCAAUGUAGCCAAUCAGAAUGGACUAAACGGGUUGCACUUGGCUUCAAAAGAAGGCCAUGUUAAGAUGGUGCUGGAGCUGUUGCACCAUGGGAUUGACCUAGAGGGCACCACAAAGAAAGGGAAUACUGCACUACAUAUUGCUGCACUGGCUGGUCAAGAGAAAGUAGUUGCCGAGCUAGUCCACUAUGGUGCCAAUGUCAAUGCCCAGUCUCAGAAAGGUUUCAGUCCCUUAUACAUGGCAGCACAGGAGAACCACUUGGAGGUAGUGAAGUUCCUUUUGGAGAACGGAGCCAAUCAGAGCCUCCCUACUGAGGAUGGCUUCACACCACUGGCCGUGGCUCUGCAGCAAGGUCAUGAGAACGUGGUGGCUCUUCUCAUUAACUAUGGCACAAAGGGCAAAGUGCGCCUGCCCGCUCUCCACAUCGCCGCCCGCAAUGACGACACGCGCACUGCAGCUGUGCUGCUACAGAAUGACCCCAACCCUGAUGUUCUUAGCAAGACUGGCUUUACUCCACUCCACAUCGCAGCACAUUAUGAGAAUCUGAGUGUUGCACAGCUGUUGAUAAACAGGGGAGCCAAUGUGAACUUCACGCCAAAGAAUGGCAUCACUCCGUUGCAUAUAGCUGCCCGAAGGGGAAACGUGAUUAUGGUUCGACUUCUCUUGGACAGAGGAGCACAGAUAGAUGCCAGGACAAAGGAUGAGCUGACCCCACUGCACUGUGCUGCCAGGAACGGCCAUGUGCGGGUCAUCGAGAUCCUCCUGGACCAGGGAGCACCCAUCCAGGCUAAGACUAAGAACGGCUUGUCUCCCAUCCACAUGGCGGCGCAAGGUGAUCACAUGGACUGUGUCCGCCAGCUUCUGCAGUACAAUGCUGAGAUUGACGACAUCACUCUGGACCACCUGACGCCGCUGCAUGUCGCAGCACACUGUGGUCACCACCGCAUGGCCAAGGUGCUGCUGGACAAGGGGGCCAAGGCCAACGCUCGUGCCCUGAAUGGCUUCACACCCCUGCACAUUGCCUGCAAGAAGAACCACAUGCGCUCCAUGGACCUACUGCUCAAGCAUUCAGCGUCUCUGGAGGCAGUGACUGAGUCUGGUCUAACUCCCCUCCAUGUGGCUGCAUUUAUGGGACACCUCAACAUAGUGAAGUGUCUCCUGCAGAGAGGAGCCUCUCCAAAUGCGUCUAACGUGAAGGUGGAGACUCCGUUGCACAUGGCUGCACGGGCAGGGCACUGUGAGGUGGCUCAGUUCCUGCUGCAAAACUCAGCCCAGGUGGACGCCAAAGCUAAGGAUGAUCAGACGCCACUGCACUGUGCAGCUCGGAUGGGACAUAAAGAACUGGUCAAGCUGCUGUUAGAACAUAAGGCCAAUCCGGACUCGGCUACUACAGCUGGCCACACCCCUCUACACAUUGCUGCCCGCGAGGGACACGCCCACACAACACGCAUUCUCUUAGAUGGCAACGCCCAGCAAAUCAAAAUGACUAAGAAAGGCUUCACUGCUCUCCAUGUGGCGUGUAAAUACGGGAAAGUGGAUGUGGCAGAGCUGCUUCUGGACAGAGGAGCAAACCCAAAUGCAGCAGGAAAGAAUGGACUAACCCCUCUACAUGUAGCUGUCCAUCACAACAACCUGGAUGUGGUCAAGCUGCUGGUCAGCAAGGGCGGAUCUCCACAUAGCACAGCUAGAAAUGGUUACACACCGCUGCACAUUGCUGCUAAGCAGAACCAGCUGGAGGUGGCCAGCAGUCUGCUACAGUCCGGAGCCAACACUAAUGCAGAGUCCUUGCAAGGCAUCACGCCACUCCACCUGGCUGCUCAAGAGGGCCGACCUGACAUGGUGGCCUUGCUCAUCUCAAAACAGGCCAACGUCAACCUCGGCAACAAGAGCGGUCUGACGCCACUGCACCUGGUGGCUCAGGAGGGGCAUGUGGGCAUUGCAGACAUGCUGGUGAAGCAGGGCGCCUCAGUCUAUGCAGCUUCAAGGAUGGGAUACACACCCUUACAUGUAGCAUGUCACUAUGGCAACAUAAAGAUGGUGAAGUUCCUUCUACAGCAGCAGGCACACGUUAACAGCAAAACCAGAGUGGGCUAUACGCCACUCCAUCAGGCAGCCCAGCAAGGUCAUACAGAUAUUGUCACUCUCCUCCUGAAACACGGAGCCCUGCCCAAUGAAAUCACAACUAACGGAACGUCGCCCUUGGGUAUCGCUAAGCGGCUCGGCUACAUCUCUGUCAUUGAUGUACUCAAGCUGGUGACUGAGGAAUCUGUGUCUGUAAUCACCACUGAUAAGCAUCGCAUGAGUUUCCCAGAGACGGUGGAUGAGAUCUUGGAUGUCUCAGAGGAUGAGGGAGCUGCACAGCUAACAUUAGGUGAUGAGCUGUUGGGAAUGGAUGGCGCUCGCUACUUGAAGCUGGAUGACUUGAAGGAUCAAGAUGAAGACUUUCUUUCACCAAAGAAAUCCCUACGGGAGUUUGAGAGUGGGAUGGGCACAACACCCUACUCGCCAGCUAUUCCCAGAAUUCCAUGUGUAUCUCCAGAAACUGUCAUGCUCGAUCAGCACACUCCUAUCCCUUUGCCUAAGGAGUAUGAUGAGGACUCUCUUAUCCCCAGCAGUCCUGCCACAGAAACCUCAGACAACGUUAGCCCAGUAGCCAGCCCCAUCCACACUGGGUUUCUGGUGAGUUUUAUGGUGGACGCAAGAGGCGGGUCUAUGCGUGGCAGCAGACACAAUGGCCUCCGAGUGAUCAUACCCCCUCGCACCUGUGCUGCCCCGACACGCAUCACCUGCCGUCUGGUCAAACCACAAAAACUCACGACCCCUCCUCCCCUGGUGGAGGGAGAAGGCCUUGCCUCCCGGAUCAUCUCCCUGGGGCCAUCCAGCAUGCAGUUCCUGGGGCCAGUAAUCGUGGAGAUCCCUCACUUUGCUUCACUGGGAAGGGGUGAUCGAGAGCUGGUGGUGCUGCGCAGUGAGAAUGGUUCAGUCUGGAAAGAGCACCGUACUCGCUACGGUGAUGAUGUCCUGGAGACUAUACUGAAUGGCAUGGAUGAAGAUCUGGAGAGUCAGGAGGAGCUGGAGAAGAAAAGAAUCCGCCGAAUCAUCUCCACCGACUUCCCCCUUUACUUUGCGGUGGUGUCCCGUGUCCAGCAAGAGAGUGAUUUGAUUGGUCCAGAGGGUGGUCAGCUGAUCAGUAAGCUGGUGCCCCAGGUUCAGGCCAUCUUCCCUGAGACGGCAGUCACCAAACGAGUGCGACUGGGCCUGCAGGCUCAGCCCAUCCCAGACGAGAUGCUGACUCGGCACUUAGGGAAUCAGGCCACGUUCAGCCCCGUGGUGACGGUGGAGCCGCGCAGACGUAAGUUCCAUCGGCCCAUUGGCCUGCGCAUCCCCCUGCCCCCCUCGUGGAGGGAGAGUCCACGCGAUGCUGGUGAAGGGGACACCACCAGCCUGCGCCUCCUCUGCAGCGUCAUUGGUGGUACGGCCCCAGCUCAGUGGGAGGACAUCACCGGCACCACCAAACUUAUGUACUCCAACAACUGUGCCAACUUCACCACCAAUGUGUCAGCAAGGUUCUGGCUGGCCGACUGUCCUCGGACAGCAGAGGCCGUGACCUUUGCCAACCUGCUAUACCGUGAGCUGACGGCCGUGCCCUACAUGGCCAAGUUUGUGGUGUUUGCUAAAAUGAACGAGGCGCGUGAGGGCCGCCUGCGCUGCUACUGUAUGACCGAUGACAAAAUGGACAAAACCCUGGAGCUGCACGAGAACUUCACCGAGGUGGCACGUAGCCGAGACAUAGAGGUAAUGGAGGGGAUGCCGUUGCACUUGGAAUGCUCCGGAAACCUUGUGCCAGUGAGAAAGGCCACGCAGCAGCCUCGCACGUUCAGCUUUCAGGCCUUCAGAGACAACAGACUGCCCGUCUCGGUGAAGGUGAGAGACAUCAACAAGGACUCCUCAGGGUUCCUGUCUUUUCUCCGCAAGUCCACCAAAUAUGAGGAUGCACAGCAUGUGCUGUGUAACCUCAACAUCACCAUGCCUCCUUGUGUUAAGAUGGCAGGUGGUGAAGAGCGCAGACGGACUCUGACGCCACUGGCCCUGAGGGAGAGGUACAGCGCCCUGAGCGAGUCAGGCCUGGCUGCUGUGAAUGCCUUUCAAAGGACAGAGCUGAAGAUCACACUGAUCGCUGAGCAGCUGGGUUUAAGCUGGACUGAACUGGCCAGAGAGCUGCAGUUCAGUGUUGAUGAUAUUAACAGGAUACGAGUAGAAAAUCCCAACUCUCUCCUGGACCAGAGUACAGCUCUGCUCAACUUGUGGGCCUGCCGAGAAGGCAAGAGAGCCCAGACAGUUGAAAACCUGUAUGGGGCGCUGAAGAACAUCGACCGGUUGGACAUUGUGAAGUCCCUGGAGGAUCCAGUGCCACAGGCAAUACCCGAGGCAGGAGAGGAGGCAGCCUGCAGGCUGGCUGAGCGCGACUCCACCCUGCUCUCUCCCAGUGUCAUUAAUGGUUAUGGGCUGGCGCAGGAGGAGCUGCUGUCUCCGGCCUCAGCGCAGUACAGCCUGCCCUCUCCGCUCGGCCCCGAGCCCUACUGGCAGGAGGUGUCGAGUCUGGAGUGCGCGCCAAUUGCCACCACCGAGGAGGACACCAUGAUGGAGAUGUCAGACGUGCAGGUGUGGCCAGCAGGCAUCAGCCCGUCCCUGGUGACGGUGGAAGACUCGUCUGUAGAGGGCAGCAGCCGAGCAGACGACUCAGAGCCUAACACUCUCAGCCUGCCCUGUAGCAGCAGCCUGGGGCGGCCCAGCAGUGGUGCUAGUGGGGCCAGUGGCUCCAUCAUGGAGCUAGAGGAAGAGGAGGAGGGGGAGGAGGUGGAUGAAGAGGACAUGCCACAUGAACUGGACAAGGAGAUUGUCCAUGCCAGUGGUGCCAUCCCUAAAGUCAACCACAAUGGGCAAGUUGGAGGUCAGAGGUCGGAAAGCAAGAGAGCGGAGGUGGCGGCAGGCAGCAGCAUGGCAGGAGGAGCUAGAGGAGGAGGAGGAAUAGGAGGUGGAGGGAUUGGAUUAGGCGCAAGCUCAGGGGAAAAGUUUUCUGUUCUUACAGGGCAACAGAUCUACGCCCAGCUGCGUGAGAAAACCGGCCUGACCCGAGCGCUCGAGCACAACGGAGACAGGUUAAGUAGCAGUGCAUUUCAGCCCUUCCUCCAGGAGAAGGCCAUGGAGUGUGUGAUGGAACAGACCCAGGCCCGUGUGUCCCAAGAAGCCUUGCUCACUCCGGUCUGUGACACGGGCCAGUCAGAGCUCCUGCGUGGGAUAUUUAUGGGCACUCAGCCCUUUGAGAAGGGUCUUGGCUUCUCCCAUCAGGACGUACACAAGGCACAGAGAGACGAGCCAGUCGAAUUCACCAGUGAGCGUCUGAGUGAGGAGCAGUUCACUGAUGAACGCGGAAAUGUGGUCACCAAGGGCCGGACGUUCACUGCCAAACCAUCCUUCACCCAAAUACAUUUGGGAGACAGAACGAGACGAGAGGGGCAUGAGAGGAGAGAUGAUGGGAAGAAAAUGGGAGGCGGCGAAUGAAAAUGAACCAUGACACCACCAACACAUGAAAAAACAAAAAACAAACAAAAAAAAACAACAACAAAACAACAACAACAGAAAUGACCACUUGAGAAAAUGGAGGAGAAAACCAAGGAGAUCUACCUGUACUUUUGUAACAUUUUUAACAACAGUGAUUAAAACAGGACAACUAGCUUAGGGCAUGAUCUUUUUUUGUAUAAAAGUUCAUGGAAAAAAAAAAACUAAGAAAAAAAAAAAAACAACAAAAAGUGCUUCCUGUCAACUGUAAACGCAUGAUCCACUGCUGGUGCAUGACCUAUGACCUUUGAGCUGUCAUUAUCUAUCAACUAAAAACUGGACGAGGAAAAGGGCCGUCGCAGGAUCGGGGGAGAAUCGAAGGAUUUAGAACAACACAGCCAAAUUUAAAAAAAAAAAAAAACAACAACAGUCUGACAACACAACACAGCACAAAGUUUACACUGAACCCAUCAGUGCUUCAUCUCCACAGGCCCUUUAUCCUGUUCUUAUAUGUGAUAUAUGCACUCUAUGCUAUGCGAACGUUGUCGUGUGUGUGUGUGUGUGUGUGUGUGUGUGUGUGUGUGUGUGUGAGUGUGUGUCCGUAUAUAAUGCAUGUGUACUUGCUUCCGGCUGCUGAAUGUUGUUUUUUCUGCUGUGACACUUUUUUCUUGAGUGUGGUGUGUGAAGGAGAUUGAGAACAAGCCUACUGUGUGUGCGUGCGUGCGCGUGUGUGUGUGUGUGUGUGAUUAUGGACUUUUGUUCUUCGUUGUGAAAUGUGUUUGUGUUACCUUAAACAGUCCUCCACGAUUCUGUCACUUCCAGGAGAAAUCAGAGGAUCCCCCCGUGUAGUGGGAAUAUUUCGAGAAAUCGGGUUCUCCAGCUGGAGGUUGUGGGGUUUUUUGUUGUUGUUGUUGGUCUCUGUGUGCCAGCGCAACAGUGCCCAAUGGUCGCUACUAUUAGAGACAUGCUGUAUGUAUGUGUGCUCAGUAAUAUGUAGAGGAUAGGAGAAAAAUUGCAUAUUCAGAUAAAAACAGAACAUUUUCAGCCAAAAAUCCUUUAUAAUCUGUGUAAGCAAAGUGCUCCUAAAGCUGAGGUGAAAGUAAUCGCUGCUCAAAAUUAGGCAAAGUGAGAGGAGGUGUACUGUGUGUGUGUGUGUGUGUGUGUGUGUGUGUGUGUGUGUGUGUGUGUAUUGACAUAAUUAAUAUUAUAUAGUCUUAUACUGCAGUGCUGUUACAUUCUCCAUUCUGAUUGGUCAGAAGGUGUUGAUUAAUUGUUUAUAACAGCAGCUCUGACAAUAGUGCAGCUGGUUUAUAUUAAUGCGCUCGUUCUAAUAUGGUAUUGUUUCCAUGGUAACAGCUCAUUCACAGCGAUGUGCAGUUGGACACACCAUAUAAAUCAGUUAAAAAUCAUAAGCGAUACAGUGUUAUUUUAGCGAUAAACAUGUAACUUUAAAUUUUCCCCCACUCGAGGAAAUCUUCAUGGCAGAGGAGUUGUUUCUUUGCGGUUUGUCUGUAAUAUGGCAAGCUGUCUUUUUUUUUUCCGCCUUAUUAACUUCAAAAAAGAGCAGAAAUUGUGACUGGCGAGAGAACAACAGUUAGGUGCUAUAACCUAAGCGAGAACAGGAACGUGAAUGUUUCGUGGAUGUUCCACAACAUAUAAAAAGAGUAUGAUGUGCCGUUCUGUAGUUUAAGACGUUUUAAUUGUCAGCAAAUGGUUGUCUUAUGAGAGGAAUAAAAGACGUCGGGGUGUGCUGUUAUAGAAAAAUGCAUGACAUCACCCGUUGCAUGUCGGCCAUCCCUAUUAAAACCCCAUGGAGUGAAUGUUCUACAUGUAGACAUCUCAAAUCAAACAUCAACAGGUUUCACCUCUUAUAGUUGCAGAAGCACUUUGAUUGCAAACAUAAUGUAGGACCUUUGACUGAGAAAUGUCUCUGAAAAUUACUCUCUCUCUCUCUAUCUCUCUCUCACCCUCUCUCACUCUCUCUCUCCCUCUCUCUCUCUCUCACCCUCUCUCUCUCUCUCUCUCGCUCUCUUUCUCUCUCUCACCCUCUCUCUUUUUGUCCCUCUCUCUGUCUUUCUCUCCCCUCUCUCUCUCUCUCUCUCUCUCUCUCUCUCUCUCUCUCUUGUGCUUCCCGUUUAUUAAAUUCUGUGCUUCCUCAUUUCCUUUCCUUGCUUCCAUUCCUAAUGUUUUGACUUCUCCCUGUACGGACCCAAGGGAAGGCUGCACGAAAAGGAAACCCGGACAGGGGAAUUGCUCAUUGAAGCCUCAGUAACGUAAUUAUUUUGUCCCUUUGUCACAUAUUAGCCUAUAGAAGUAUACAUAUGAUACUUUAUAACUUCUUUUACUUCUUGUUUCUGUAUCAUUUAUUGGACAUAAUUGUUUUUUAUAUACUUGAUCUGGAAGCCUCUUUCCUUACCUGAGAUGUUUAAACAAUUGAUACAUCCUUAAGAAACUGACUAAUCAAGGAGGCAUCAGUUAGAGCACUGGGAAGCACCCACUCAAUAUCUCCUCUACCUUCUACUCUAUGUGCAUCUGUAGCUCCGCCUCUUUUAAAGCCCCGCCCACUAUGGACUCCUGGUGAAUGAUGUAGCACAUUAUGAUGCUUUCAUCUUGCUGUCCUGUUCAUGUGCAUUCUACGUUUCCAGGGUGUUUGAUCCGAUUUGCACCCUUACUGAUUACACUCUGAGUUACUGCUGGUGCGAUGCAUCUGACACAGGAUGGCAUUUAAAUAUAUUUUUAAAGAAAUUGAACACUUAAACUUAUCCUUUUAGGUGUACAGUAAAGCACAGACAGAUUCAAAUCUAUACAGACAGCACUGUGAUCGUCCACCUUGAUAUUAAUUGACCCCUGAACUGUGACAAACUGUCUGUCCUCUUUUGGUUUUAUAUAUCACACACACACACACACACACACACACACAUACACAAAUACAUUUUAAUUUACAGUAAAUAGCUAACACAUCUGUGCGUAUCCUUAAUUGUCUUUAUUUUUAUGUUCAUGCACAAAUUCCCAAUCAGACUGAAACUAUUUAUGCUUCGACUACCAAAGCAAUAAUAUCAAAUAAUAUUAAUAUCAUGGUGGCAGUUUGGCAUUUGUGUGUGUGUGUGUGUGUGUGUGUGUGUGUGUGUGUGUGUUUUCAGUGUUUACCCUAGUAGCAUUUCUAUGCGACUCAAUUGAUAUAAUAUGAGUAUAUACAUUACAUAUGAGUAUAAAUAGACAUUAUGAGUAUUAAAGUUGCACCGUGUGCAAGAGUGUGACGUUUGUCGAAACUCCAGGGCCGCUGUCUGAAAGCUGCAAGCUUUGACGCUUGAUUGACGUCUGACAGACUCACUUCAAAUGUAGCACACAUAUCUUAUAUGUUAUUUAUGUUCUGAAAAGAAAAAAAAAGAGGUUUUAAAGUAUAUAUUUAUGACUCUUUGGCAUGAAUGACUACAAGAAUGAAUGAAUGAAUGAAUGAAUGACUGUAUUGAUGCAAAGUAAAUAAUCCGUGAAUAUGUCAGUAAUGAAAAAGCAGUGAUUGUAUAUUUAUUGGUAAAGAUUUUUUUCCUGUGGGCGAGUGAAACCCGUAUUCUCUAUACCCCAUACCUCUGCUCACUCUAAUCCUACUGACUCUUUAAAAUUCACUCAGGUUUUAUGUUUUAACCAAUGAUUUUUUUUUUCUUCCACUUUUUUCCACAGUCAGUUGUCUAAAUACUCUCUAGAACUCAUGUAACGUACAUAACUGAAUUAUAACGUAGCGGUUCGUCGAGAAAUCGACUUCACACAAUUUCCCCCUCGCACCAAAUGUAGUCAGGAUAUUUAUAGUGUCCAACAAGCUUUGAUGGUAAUGAUGCUCACAAGUAAUGAACGUCUUUUUGUUUAAAUAUUUCCCACUUCCAGUUCUUCAGUGAUGUCACUCAGGUGUGGUUUAGGACACAGUGGGGCUUCCUGUCAUCCAGCUGAACAUUGGGGACUUUAUGCACUCUUAAGGGUUCUUCAAUUUGUCCUUUUUCAGAAACCCUUAGAAUACUUUCACAUAUGUAGCAUUUAGUCGGUUUGAACACAUAUGAGAACACAGUGGUCACGUUCAGGUCUGAGAGCAUCUGAGAUAGAUGGUCAUGGUUAUCUUCCAAAUGGGCAGUGGUAGGUCAGUGGUUAAGGCAUUGGGAUGCUGGUCAGAAGGUCAUGAGAUCAAAUCCCAGCAGCAUCAGUAUGCCAGUGUUGGAUCUAUAGCCUUCAACAGCUCUGUUGUAGUCUGUCUCAAGUACAACCUGCUUUAGAUAAAACCAUCAGCCAAAUGAGGUCAAUGUAUGUGAACUAUAGUAGGCUUGAUUUCAGUGUGAAAGGGAUGAAGUGACCCAGAUAUGCUGUAUAAAACAUUUUAUACUAGAUAGGUAUGUAAUUAUCUCGUCAUCGGGUGAUUUUUCUGACCAUGCGCACACGGUAAAGGCUUGUUUAUAUUUUUCCAUCACAGUAUUUUUGACCCGUUUUACGAGGACGUGUUCAGCCAUUGGUUUUGAUUAUGUGCAGUGGGGAACUAAACCAAAAUAGCAGAAUGAUCAAAGUAUCAAUUUCACUUUGAAUGGGAUUUGGAAAAGUAGACUAAUAGCUGUGAACGUGUCCACGAAGGGUUUUUAUGUAGGAAUUGUUCCCUGUUGGAAAGGGGUGCAAAGUAGAACGUAUUUAGGAGGUUAUGCUGCAUUCGACUUACCCCAGAAACAGUAAGUGGGAACUGAGUCUAUGCUACAGAGUGGGAGAAAACCCACAGAUAUGUCCAUGUUUAUCUUUGGUUAGCAACAUGCGAGCCAGCUAACUGUGAUGAGCAUGUGAUGUAUAUUUACCUCUUCAACACAGUGAACUGUAUAGUCAGUGUUAUAGUUUUAAGAAGAGAAUAUGUUUGUCUGUUGAUUUAUCUACAGCAAAAACUUGUAUAGACAGCGUAACUUGUUUAAAGGUAAGAAGUACUACUUUGUUUACUGUUGAUGCUGUUGUGUGAACCCAUGUUGUUCUGACAUCACUGGCUGGUCUUGGGGUUGAGGAGACCAUCCCAAGUAUACAAAUAGGAAUACUUGUUGAAUUGAAAGGGGCAUUUUCUUUGUUUUUUUUUCCUAGUCAAGAGAUCUUGGACAACUAGAAUAACUUUUUCCUUAGCCCACUUUAUCUUUGUGCCUUCAAGACCUUGCCAAAUUAGCAAAAUUGUAAUGAUUGAGUUGAAAUAACAUUCCCGUUUAAAUGUGUUAUUGAAGACUUACUUUCCCUGCUGUUUUUGCAAAAUCAAUUUAGUAUAUUUAGACGAUAAAUCUUAAAAAUCUGUUUGAAGCAAUUAUAUAAAGAUUAAGGUGAACAUUUACGACAACGAACAAACGAUUUUGGGUUGUAAUAGACUUCCAUUACUUGUUAGCUACAUUAGACAUGAACAUGUUGGACACCGAACAUGUCUUAUCUGAUAGACUGCGUUUGGAUCAAAGGGGAAACAAUGUGUAAAUUUGCUGUUUUGUCAAACUGUUCCAGUGAGUAAAUAUUUACGUUGUUUAUUUUCAGGGAAUUAAAAUUGUACCUGAGCAUCAGUUACUGACGGGGUUCAGUGGUGAUCAUUCUGAUAGUACGACUGUCUACAGAUGUUUGGGGACGUUGGGGUGUGAGGUGAUGUGCAGCAAUUAUGUUAUGAUAAAAUGAGAUCCAUAACAUCCAGAUUUGUUAUUAGCGGACAGGCCACUGAAGU